AUGCCGGACGAAACAACUACUGUAGACGAAAAAGUUGUAGCUGACUUGAAGGCCGGUCAUGCACCAGCACUAAAAGUUGGAGGUAUGCGUGUGGCUCAACCACGUCGAACAUCACAAAAUGAAGAUAAAGACAAAAAAGCGAAAGGAGCGCAUGCUGCUGAAGGAGCGAGUGGUGAGAAUGAUGAAGAAGCCCAAAAUACAGGUGAAACACCAGCUGAAGAUGAAGAAGAGCAAACACAAGAAACUGCUAUUUCACAUCGUGUAGCAGGACAAAUGGUUAGCGGUACGUUUGUUCCAGUUCAAGAAGCAUUUCCAACUGAAGCAAUGAAGCAUAUGCAAGAAAAACCUAAACCAAAACAUGAAUAUCAUGCCGGCUCAAAAGUUAAUCAAACACAUAUUGUUAUGCAACAGCCAAGAAAACAGUAA